ACACGACGAAUCACACAAUUUUCUCCCUAUCCUCUUUGUUAUCGCGUUGUUUGCAUGUUGCCUAUUUCGGUUAUAUCAUAUCCUAUCCCCCGCGGCGCAUUAUAGCAACACCGCCGUGAGAAAAAAAAAUGAAGCAUCCAGUUGCAGAAGCUAACGAGUUGAGUCCGUUCGGCUCACUGAGUCAAUCGGAGUUCUACUCUCACCACUCAGUAACUCACAACUCCGAAUUCAUUACAAAUUCACGAGGCUUAAAGCUUUUCACUCAAUGGUGGUCCCCACUUCCUCCGGCGAAAAUCAUCGGCGUCGUUUGUGUCGUCCAUGGAUUCACCGGAGAAUCGAGCUGGUUUGUUCAACUCACAGCUGUUCACAUCGCGAAAAACGGAUUUAUCGUUUGUGCGAUUGAUCAUCAAGGUCAUGGAUUCUCCGAUGGAUUAAUUGCUCAUAUUCCUGAUUUAAAUCUCGUUGUUGAUGACUGUAUUAGUUUCUUCGAUUCCUUUAGGGAUCUCCAUGUUCCGCCGUCUCUGCCGUCGUUUCUCUAUGCUGAAUCCCUCGGCGGUGCUAUCGCGCUUCUUAUCACUCUCCGGGAAGGCGAUUCUGCUCAACGCCGGCCGUUUGACGGCGUCGUUUUGAAUGGAGGUAUGUAUGGGAUUAGCAAUAAGUUCAAACCGCCGUGGCCUUUGGAACAUCUACUUGGUAUCGCCGCCGUUUUGAUUCCCACUUGGCCCGUGGUUCCCACUCGCGGCUCGUUGCCUUUGGUUGCAUUCAAGGAGGAGUGGAAGAAGAAACUAGCAAUAGCAAGUCCAAAGAGACCACUUAUAAAACCACGCCCCGCGACGGCGCGUGAGUUAAUGAGAGUAUGCAGGGAGCUGCAAGGGAGAUUUGAAGAAGUGAAAGUACCAUUUCUGAUCGUCCACGGCAGCGAUGACAACAUCUGCGAUCCCGCCUGCGCGGAGGAGCUAUAUCGCCGAUCGACAAGUAAGGACAAGACACUAAAGAUAUAUCCAGGGAUGUGGCACCAGCUGGUCGGAGAACCGGAGGAGAAUGUGGAGAAAGUGUUCGGAGAUGUCGUGGAGUGGCUUAAGACGAGAGCCGAGGGUGCAACUGGCGACAAGACCACCGUGGACGGUGGCGCGUGAGGAAGUGGGAGUUGGUUGGGAUAUUCUAGUUGGGGAGUGGUUAAAUAUGCCGGUAAAAGUUAGUUAAAGAUUAGUAAACAGUGUGAUCAAUAAGUUAAAGGACCACAAAAAUAAAUUUGUACAAGCAGGCAAUUUGUGUCAAAACUCUAUUAGCCAUGUGACUCUAUUUAAACUUGUUUUAUUGCAAUA